AUGUCUUCCACAGAUUUUUCCCGCUUCGUAAAUCUUCCCGCAGAAGUCAGGCUCCAAGUCUGGGGAUGGGCGGCAAGGAACGCCUUGAACCCUCCUCGUGCCAUCAUCGAAUGGCGCAACGGACCACGUAGAACUAUCGCAGUUCUCAACACUAGCCUCGAGGCUCGUGAAGAGGCCAUGGCUCAAACAGAUUUGAGAAGCGUUCUUCGAUACUCUUUGCCAGAAGACCCAGUACAUUUAAAUCGACUAGGCCUCAGUCUAGAAGAUCGAGAAGAGUAUGUUCGGCACAGCCCCCGGGAUUGGUACAGUCUAGAAACAGAUGUCUUUGUCCUCGGGGCAAAUGACCGUAUCCUACGAUCACUAUGUUAUGAUAUCACUUUCAGAAAUGCAAUCAAAACCAUCGCAAUUCCAGCUUUCGUGUUGGAUUGUGAUGGCAGAGUGAUUAUUCGUCAACUUAGAUGGGAAUCGAGAUACAUGAAUAUUUACCAGGGCUUGAAAACCGUAGUACUUCUUCGAGACGAUCCGGCGCAAGAACCAAUUUCCCACAGAAAUCUCAUCCAGAACAGACUUUUUUACCCCCGUACUAACGACAUCAGAAUCAAGAUCGAAGACAGCCCACUUUCACAAGUGGAGUUGGACCUAUUGGGAUUCGAUGUCAAUUUCUUUAACAACCUCGUCAUUUCGAUGCGCAGCAACAUGACGCCAGACUGGCAGUUACCUGAGAUCAAAUGGGGAUGCUUGGUCCGAUACUGA